AUGGCUCCUCAAAAGAUUCAAGUUUGGUCGAUACAUGAUGGAGCGCUACUUUUGGAAUGUUCAUGGCGGCUACUUAACAAGCCGAUCAAUAAAAGCCUCUGGCAGUCGCUAGACAUCGUUUUCGAGCACCUUAACUCGUCCAAUACGGCCGAUCGUUUUAACAGCCUCAAGAACGCAUAUUAUAUCCAUGUAGACGAUGGAAAUCCGAGCCAAAGCAUCCUCCCCGAAUCUUUUGGCUCGGCCAGGACGUUUCAGUUCUUCCUACAAUGUCUUCGCGCCACGACUGCAUCCUCUGGGGGACUUCGACGUGUGGUGAAACUCAUUGUCCCUCUGCAGAAGGGGCAUAUCGUGCGGUCGGAUAUAAUUCCUCUGCGUCUAAGGGACUCUCAAUUUGUGGAAACAGCAGUGUCUUUUGCCGAGCCUCUUGAGAGCUACAGCGGCUCAGCAAUCACACCCUCAGAUACCAGCAACCUUGUGGCACUCUUAUCAGCUGCCACAGCUGGCUUGAUCUUGCAUUAUACUUCUGAGAAAGAAUCGGAUGAUGAGAUUGAAGCACUGUCUCUCGCCGUGGAAUCCGAGCUUGAUAAUAGGCUCUCGUUUCCCUGGAUAUCGUCUGAGAACAUUCAACGCCGAAUGUUGGUACUAGUAGAAGGGAGUCGCGCGCACCCCGAUAAUGGUGGUACAGCGCCGUCCAUUUAUCUCGCAGCCGGAGCCCUUGGCAUCAACUUGGUGGUCCUAGACAACUCAGGACACUGGCUAGAAGGACCAGAAUAUGCGCACUGGCGUGAAGCAUUUAUCCCUACUAAGCUAACGGACCCUCCAGAAGAGGGUUUCGCCGAUCGAAUUGUCAAAUCUGUGAAAACCUACGGCAAGCCAGUGGACGGCAUCGUAACAUUCUGCGACUCUUAUGCGACCCAGGUUGCUCAAGCCGCGCAGCAACUAGGCCUCCGGACUGCUUCACCGGAUGCGCUACGCAUUGCUACAAACAAGUAUUUGACAAGCGUGUUUGCAGGGCAUCAGGCCUAUCAAGCGUCUAGUCCAGAAGAAGCUCUCGAGAUUGUCAGCAAAAAUGACCUUCCCUACCCCCUUAUCAUCAAGCCAUGCUAUGGGUGGAGUUCGGAGGGAGUAUUCCGCGUUGAUUCUGUCGACACGCUCACGGCAGCUGUCAAGUCCAUCGACACAUCUCGUCAUGGGUCCGAGUUUGUUAUAGAGAAAUAUUGCUCAGGGCCUGAAGUUGAUGCAAACUUUGUCUUGUUGGACGGAGAAGUCCUCUUCUUUGAAGCGUGCGAUGAUUUCCCCAAAACCGCUGACUCCAACGGCCCCAGAGUCGGGUCGCUCAACACCUUCCAUGAAUUGAACAGUGUAUACCCAUCGGCUCUACCCGCUCGCGAAAUCGAUGUGCUUCGCAACAGCUUCCUCGAUACGCUACUCAAGCUCGGCCUGCAGAACGGCAUUAUGCAUCUGGAAGGCCGCGUGGAGUACUCGUCGGUUGACUACAAAACGCAGGAUGGAGUUCUCGACUUGCACCCUCGCGACACCGCACCCUCGACUCCAGAGCCCACCGCCUGGCUUAUUGAAAUAAAUCCACGUCCACUCGGUAUGACGGGCUCCCAGGUCAUUGAAUCAACGUACGGAAUCGAAUAUUGGGGUUUAGCCAUGCUCAUCGCUGUUGCAGACAAGUCUCGCGCUCGCUCCCUUUCUCAGCCGUUCAAGCAUGGAGCCCAGUACACAUGUGUCAUGGUCUUUAUUCCGGCUGAAUAUCCAUCCUCUUGUCAAGGCAUCUUCGAUUCGGACGAUAUCUGUGCCGAACUGAAGUCCCGCAGGCCAGACCUUGCGAAACACAUUAGUCGAUGUGGAUGCCUGGUCAAGCGUGGGCAGAGGGUGCCGCAUCCGAGUUCUGGAGUGAAUAGCUUUUUGGCUUAUUUUAAUGUCUUCUCGAGAAAGGGAAGAAGAGAAGCGCUAGAGUUGGCAGAGAGGGUGCGAGAAGAGGUUCGCUUUUCAUUUGUUUAA